GACCGACUAAAAAGGUCGCCACGUCUCGUAAUCUCCGUCAGUGUCCGGCGCGUGGAGCUGAUCCAAGUCGACUGCUCAUCUUAUCUGGUCCUCCCUCCAUCGCCGCCUUGUUGCGUCCCCGAUUCCGUCGAUUGCAUUGCGAGGUCAGACCAGCGAGAAAGAUGUGGAGCCUGUGGAGCAUUGGCUGCUUGGUCGUGGCUGUGUUUGUACCAGUGGCGGCUGGGUUUUCCGGGACUGCCUUUGGCGGGGGCGGAGACACUGAGUGGUACAAGGAGCUGAACAAGCCGUCAUGGACUCCUCCCGAUUGGGUCUUUCCCGUUAUGUGGACAACUCUCUACAUUUUAAUGGGGAUUUCCUCGUGGCUGGUGUGGAAAGAAGGAGGCUUUGCUGCACAAGGGUACCCUCUUGGGGCCUACAUAUUCCAGCUGGCUCUUAACUUUCUAUGGACUCCAAUAUUCUUCGGCAUGCACCGUCCUGGUUACGCACUCGUAGAGAUAGUGAUACUAUGGUUGGCUAUCACUGUGACGAUAUUUCUCUUUUACCCGGUCAACCCCAUCGCUGCCUACUUGUUGAUCCCCUACAUUGCCUGGGUAACCGUUGCGACCUCGCUUAACUGGUACAUCUGGUUGUACAACGGUGGCACGGACAUCACCCAACCUUUGCAGUCCGAGAGAAGUGCAUACGCCAAGUGACCCCUCGGAAUGAAAAUGAUUCCGGUAGUAAUGUAUCACACUUGAGGUUGAAGUGGCUUUUCCAACCUUUACGUCCCUGCAAUGUGUGUGCCAAUAUUUUGAAGAUUAUGGGCAUUCGGGGUUUUUCUGCGUUAUUUGAUAUAAUGGUGCGGAGGGUGACUUUUACUUAUGAUACAUUACACAUCCUUCUUUCUAUCCGUCAUGUCGUUAGCGAUAGGUAUAAAAUCGAUUGCCCCGUGUGUCUCUUCUUGGUUGUUUGAAGAUUAAAGAUGUGAAAGGAUCUAGAGAUAAAGUAUGAGUAGGGGCACCUCUGGGCUGCGGUUCGGUUGAACUCAUGCUUAUAGAAACAUUGAAGAAAUUUUGUAAUCUGCAUUUCACAAACACUUGAUAGUGUAGGUGAUUUUGCAACUGUUGGUUAUCUAGGUGGGCUAUGCAAAAUGAGCCAGUAUCGUGACAUGAUAAUUGAAGCUAUUUCAGUUGAAAAUUAACAUUAGAAUUGUGUACAGGUAUUUUUAUAAAUUAGAUUUUAGAUGUAUGAAAAUAAAGAAAUGAGACUUUGAAAACAAUGUUUUUUGAA